GGCCACACAUUUGAAGGAGGGCUACAAGUUUAGAACCAAACAUUACUACAUCAGUGGACUGAACAUCACUACUUUGACCAAAAGAGGGAGUCGAGUUUCUUUUUAUUGAACGCUUCUUCCAAUUUCCAUAACACUUCUCCACUGCGCUGGGCUGAAUGAGAAGGGAUAUUGCCAAAAAAACUGUUUUUCUCUAGUUGCUGUUUAGACCUAGACGUUGACAGCCGCCCGAAACCACCUCUAAACGUCAGUGCUCUCUUCAAACUACCAUCGUUUUGUUCGAGAAACUGCCUUUUAAGGAAGCAAUUAUUUAUUUCUUAUCUGGAUUAAAUUGCGACAGUAAACUACUUGGUCGAGAGCUUUCUUAUACUGAUCGGUUUUGUAUCAGAAACAGAAAUGUUGUGGAAGCUAGCAGAUAACGUGAAGUACGAAGAUGACUGUGAGGAAAGGCACGAUGGCAGUAGCAACGGGAACCCCAGGUUACCUCACCUGCCUGCAGUGAGCCAACACCUGUACAGCCCGUCUCCAUCCCUCUCCCACUCUGCCAGUUCGGACUUCCAGCCCCCCUAUUUCCCACCACCCUACCAGCCCAUGUCAUACCCUCAGUCAGGUGAUCCCUACUCCCACCUUAGCGACCCUUUCAAUAUUAACUCCAUACACCAGUCCCAGUCGUCAAACCAGCAGCAGUCAUGGCCUGGCAGGCAGGGUCAAGAUGGACUGGGGCCUCAUGCUCGAAGUGGACUGGCGAGUCAGAUUUUGGGGUUGGACGGAGGGUCCUCGGGCAUCAGGAGAGAAGGCUUCCGUCGUCCAGAACUUCUACCACCUCAUGUUCACAGUAUCGAGUCUUCAGUCAUUGGUGAUAAUUUAGGAAUGCACGAAAUGGGUCACGGUCUCGAUGAUGUUCAACAUGGAGAUGAUCACAGUAUUAUAAUGGCUGAUCAGACAGUCAUCAAAAAAGUAUUAGGACUGCGAGGUGGCAGGAACCUUGAUCGCUUACAGAGGACUUAUUAUGAGGGGGGCAUACUUGCGGGUGAGGAUGAAGGUCCUGUCUCCCUCCCUAAGGGGAACAUGCUGGGCCUUCCCUUCCAGAAGGAAUCCCUGCUGGGGAUGGUGUCCAACCCCACGGAGGUGUUCUGUUCCGUGCCUGGCCGCCUCUCUCUCCUCAGCUCCACCUCCAAGUACAAGGUCACCGUGGCCGAGGUGCAGAGACGCCUGUCCCCUCCAGAGUGCCUCAACGCCUCCCUGCUGGGUGGAGUCCUACGCAGGGCCAAGUCAAAAAAUGGUGGCCGGUCUUUGAGAGAAAAGCUGGACAAGAUUGGUCUCAACCUGCCAGCUGGGAGAAGGAAGGCAGCUAAUGUCACCCUGCUAACUGCCCUCGUUGAAGGCGAAGCUGUUCACUUGGCCAGGGAUUUUGGGUAUGUUUGUGAGACGGAGUUUCCAGCGAAAGCCAUCGCUGAGUACCUAGGCAGACCGCACGUAGAACGCAAUGAGGCCAACUCUCGCAAGAACAUGCUCCUCGCCGCCAAGCAGAUCUGUAAGGAGUUCACUGACCUGCUGACCCAGGACCGCUCUCCUCUGGGGAACUCCCGGCCAGCGCCCAUCCUGGACCAGGGCAUCCAGGGCUGCCUGACCCACUUCAGCCUCAUCACUCACGGCUUCGGCUCGCCUGCCAUCUGCGCUGCCAUGACCUCCCUCCAGAACUACCUGAACGAGGCCCUCAAGCAGGUGGACAAGAUGUACCUGAGCUCCGGCAGCGACACGCAGGGCUCGUCCGACAGCGGAAGCAAAGCCGACAAAAUGGAGAAGCACAGGAAAUAAGGACCCCACGGCCCCCCUCCCCCCGCAUCGGCCCCUCCCGCUUGGCCCCCCCUCCCCUGUCCCCUCCUUCCACCCUUCGAAAAGACUGUAGAGACCCUAUGCCUCAUCUGGAUUCCUAUCUAGUGUUGAAAAUGGUCAUCAAGUACUGAUCUUAGAUUUUAUUUUUGUGUUGCUACACACUCGAACGUACGAAUUACAACUACCCAUGCGCUUUCUAAAAGUAGAGUUUUCAAAGGCUUUUCAUCCCCGUUGGCUGGUUUUAGUGCAAGGUCAACCUACCUUGGUGCCAUACAGUAGGUUUCUCCAGCCACAGGCCCUGUACUCUGUUGACAUAGCAACAGGACAGAAAACAGACGUUGUUUUUCUCCCCGGAGGACAUCAUUUCAAGAUGAGUUGCUGUGGCUGUGAAUUCCUCACAGCCUUUUUUUUUCUUCUUCUUCUGUCUGGAGGCAAAUCCGGUGAUUUCCUGUGUCUCUUCUGCGGUGCAGGGUUCCCAUUGGACUACCAAAGGACACUUGUUAUGGGAGAGAGGAGCAUCCAUUUUAUUUACUUUUUUGCUUAGACUUUUCAUAAUGACUUCAAUGGGUUCAGUGUUAUUGUAUUUGUCCAUGGGAGGAGAUUCUUACAUACUGUGUGUCUGAAUAUGAAAGUCUGUUAUUUUGUCUGUGCUUCCCAGAAACCACAAACCUUAAAGACAAUUUGCAAUAGAAGCCUUUCAGUGUUCUUGUUGAAUCAUUAUUGUGGGUUGACACCAAAGGCUUAGAAAUUAUUCUCCUUUUCUUUUACUUUUAGAGCUGUCCUUAGGGACCAAUUUCCUUUUGACUACUCCACCAUAUUAGAUCAUCUUUACCCUCAAUACAAACGAGUCCCUGUUGAUGUUAACUGUAUUCAACCACAAUCAUUCAGUUUAAUCGAAAUUGUAUUCCUUUCAGCGAGAGUGUAUGUGUUACAUGAUGUGAGUGUGCCUGUGUAUGCAACGUGUAUAUAUUACCCUUCUGAAAGAGUGUUUUAAU